AUGUCUCUACCCCGUUCAAAUGAUACAGAAUUUCAAGCAAGCGCAGAUACUUCAACUUCGAAAAAGGCGCCUAAUAGCGAUGAUGUUAUUGUAGUUAAUGAUGAAGAAGAAAAUCUCAAUGAUGAAGAAAAUAAUGAUGAAGAAGUAAAUAAUGAUGAAGAUAAUGCCCAUUACACUAAAAAGAAAAGAAAGAAGACAUCAACUUCUUGGGUUCAUUUUCGCACAAUAACUAAUGCUGAUCAAAAUGAAGUCCGUCAAUGUUCUUCAUCAGUGGUGAACAACUGGAAGUUUAGCAAUGCGAGGAUGAGGGAGGUUAUUUCUCAUAUGAUCAUGGUGCAUGAAUUGUCAUUUAAUUUUGUUGAGUAUGAGUUGUUCAAUGUGAUGAUGGAGGAAGCCAAUCCGGAAUUUGAGAAGAUCUCUCGUGCAUCAGUUCAACAAGAUUGUGUUUCUAGUUACAAACUUGGAAAGAAAAGAAUUCAAAAAAUGUUGAAUACUGUUAAUCGUGUGAGCAUCACAACUGACAUGUGGACAUCCGUUCAAAAUAUCCAUUACAUGGUAGUUACAUGCCACUUUGUAGACUCGGAUUUUGAUAUUCACAAAUGCAUAUUGAGUUUUGUAGAUAUGCCUCCGCCAUAUUCUGGAGUUCAUAUCUAUGAUUGCUUAUUCAAGUGUUUAAAAGAUUGGAAUAUUGAGAUGAAGGUGGCUACUUUGACUGUGGACAAUGCUAAAACUAAUGAUGUGGUGGCUAGAAAGUUGAUGGAUAAUUUAAAUCUACAAAAAAGACUUCGUCUUGAUGGAAAGUUGUUUCAUGUGCGAUGUUGUGCGCAUAUUCUUAACUUGUUGGUUCAAGAUGGUCUAUCGGAAAUUCAAGAUAUAAUUCACAAUGUUCGUGAGAGUGUGAAACAUGUGGGUGCUUCUCUGGGGCGAUUACAUCUCUUUAGUGAGCUCACUAAACAAUUACAAUUGAAAAAAACAUCUUAUCUUGGAUGUUCUGAGUAUCCAACUUCUAAUUUAUUUCUCAUUGAGUUAUACAUUAUAAAGAAUGCAUUGGAUACUGUAGCUUUCGAGGAGAAUGAUUGCAUGCGAUCUAUGGCAUGUAAAAUGAAAGAAAAAUUUGACAAAUACUGGGGCUCUACUAAUCUGUUGAUUUCUCUGGGUGCUGUUAUGGAUCCAAGAUAUAAAAUGGAACUAAUUAAAAUAUCUUUCAAGACAAUUUAUUCUCUGGAGGAGGCUAAAGAAGAAGUACAAGUUGUUAAUGACAUUUUAGAGGAUUUGUUUAAUGAGUAUAUUGAGGCACAUAAGGAAUCGAAUGUUGUUCAAACUGGUGGUGCAACUACUGGGAGUGGAAGCAAGAUCAGAGCUGUUCUUCUAAGAGUUCAUCAUGCUUCAUGA